CGCUAGUGCAAGAUGGAGAAGCAAAUGUAACACGCAUUCGAGAUAGUUUAAAGAAACUGAAAAGCAAACCAAGGAUGAUAGUGGUGGAGCUAUUGAACCAAAGCAGUUUCUGGUAACGUGUCUGGAACAUGCUGUUAAGUGGGUAUUGCCAAAUAAUUUUGUGAGCAGCAAACAGAGAUUAUCGACAAUGAAGGUCGACAGAAGCAAGUUAAAGAAAACUCCUACGGAAGCUCCUGCCGACUGCAGGAUACUUAUAGAGAAGCUCAAGGCAUGCAGUGAUGAACAACUUCUGGUUGAACUGCAGCACAUCAAGACCUGGAAUAUUGGCAAGUGUGAGCUGUACCACUGGGUGGAUCUGCUGGACCGCUUUGAUGGCAUCCUGUGUGAUGCCGGCCAAACAGUGGAGAAUAUGUCAUGGCUGCUGGUGUGUGACCGUCCCGACAAUGGACAGCUCAAAGCCCUGCUUUUGGCAGUGCUCAACUUCACAGCCCUGCUCAUUGAGUAUAGCUUCUCCAGGCACCUCUACAGCUCCAUAGAGCACUUAACCACCUUGUUAGCGUCAUGUGACAUGCAGGUGGUCCUGUCUGUGCUAAACCUGCUCUACGUGUUCAGUAAGCGCUCCAACUACAUCACAAGACUGGGAUCUGACAAAAGGACGCCUCUACUGGCCCGUCUGCAACACCUGGCUGAGAGCUGGGGAGGAAAGGAGAAUGGCUUUGGUCUGGCUGAGUGCUGCAGGGAUCUGCCCAUGACCAAGUACCCUCCUAGUGCCACCACACUGCACUUUGAGUUUUACGCUGAACCGGGCCCUGAGGUCAAAGUAGAGAGGAAGACAAGUAGUAACACACUACACUAUAUUCACAUCGAGCAGCUUGACAAGAUUUCAGAGAGCCCAUCUGAGAUCAUGGAGUCGCUGACAGUGAUGUACAACAUCCCUAAAGACAAACAGACCCUGCUGUUCACACAUAUUCGACUGGCCCAUGGUUUCUCAAAUCACAAGAAGAGGUUGCAGGCCGUGCAGGCCCGACUGCAUGCUAUCUCUAUACUGGUGUAUUCUAAUGCACUCCAAGAAUCAGCCAACAGUAUUCUGUAUAAUGGCUUGAUAGAGGAGCUGGUGGAUGUAUUGCAGAUUACAGACAAACAGCUUGUGGAUAUCAAGGCAGCAUCUUUGCGCACUUUAACUUCGAUUGUCCAUCUGGAGAGGACGCCCAAACUUUCCAACAUCAUCGACUGCACCGGCACUGCCUCCUACCAUGGCUUCUUGCCUGUGUUGGUGCGCAACUGUAUACAAGCAAUGAUUGAUCCUCUGAUGGAACCCUACCCACACCAGUUUGCCACUGCACUCUUCUCAUUCCUCUACCACUUGGCUAGCUAUGAUGCUGGAGGGGAAGCCCUUGUCUCCUGUGGCAUGAUGGAAGCCCUCCUGAAGGUCAUCAAGUUUCUGGGUGAUGAGCAGGACCAGAUCACUUUUGUGACACGAGCAGUACGGGUCGUGGACCUCAUCACCAACCUUGACAUGGCUGCCUUUCAGUCCCACAGCGGCCUUUCCAUUUUCAUCUGCAGGCUAGAGCAUGAGGUGGACCUAUCGAGGAAAGAGUGCCCUUUUGUCAUCAAGCCAAAGAUUCAGAGGCCUAGCGCAGCUGUGGAGUCCGAGGACAUGGACACAGACAUGGAGAUGUCAGAAGUUGCCAUGGAAAGCAGCCCUGGACCGUCAACAUCUUCUGGCGCCAGACCAGAGGCAGACCACCGACCACAGAGCAGUGCUGCUAACACGCCUCGUGCAGGUAUGCAGUGUAUCCCCCAGAGGGCAGCUCUGUUAAAGUCGAUGCUAAAUUUCUUGAAGAAAGCCAUCCAGGACCCUGCCUUUUCUGAUGGUAUCCGCCACGUAAUGGAUGGGUCCUUGCCUACCUCACUCAAGCACAUCAUCAGUAAUGCAGAAUAUUAUGGCCCUUCGCUCUUCCUCUUAGCGACAGAGGUUGUGACGGUGUUUGUGUUCCAGGAGCCAUCCCUGCUCUCCUCCCUGCAGGAUAAUGGUCUCACUGAUGUCAUGCUGCAUGCCCUUCUCAUCAAAGACGUUCCUGCUACCCGUGAGGUGUUGGGUUCUCUUCCCAAUGUGUUUAGUGCUCUGUGCCUGAAUGCAAGAGGCCUGCACUCCUUCGUUCAGUGCCAGCCAUUUGAACGCCUCUUUAAAGUGCUUUUGUCCCCUGACUACCUGCCUGCCAUGCGACGGCGACGAAGCUCUGACCCUUUGGGUGACACUGCAUCCAACUUGGGCAGUGCUGUGGAUGAGCUCAUGAGACACCAACCCACUCUGAAGACUGAUGCCACUACUGCCAUUAUUAAGUUGCUGGAGGAGAUCUGCAACCUAGGUAGAGCCCCUGAGUACAUCUGCCAGAAACCGUCUAUUCAGAAAGCAGAUGGCACUGUGGCAGUGCCGCCAGCACGCUCCAGCCACGCUGCGGAAGAAGCUUCAAGUGAAGAUGAAGAGGAAGAGGAGGCCCUCCAUACAUUCAGCCAGCAGCAGGGGGAACCAGAGAGCAACAGACAGUCAGUGCCACUUGAACUGGUGGUGGGCACUGAGGAGCGGAUACCCAUUCCGCUCAUGGAUUAUAUUCUGAAUGUGAUGAAGUUUGUGGAAUCCAUACUAAGCAACAACACCACAGACGACCACUGUCAGGAGUUUGUCAACCAGAAGGGGCUGCUGCCUCUGGUUUCUAUUCUGGGCUUGCCCAACUUGCCCAUAGACUUCCCCACCUCUGCUGCCUGCCAGGCUGUGGCUGGUGUCUGCAAGUCCAUAUUGACUCUCUCACAUGAGCCUAAGGUACUCCAGGAAGGCUUGUGCCAACUGGACAGUAUCCUGACUUCUCUGGAGCCACUUCACCGACCGAUUGAGGUGCCUGGUGGGUCUGUGCUUCUCAGAGAACUGGCUAACGCGGGUCAUGUCACCGACGCCACAUUGUCAGCCCGUGCUACACCACUUCUUCACGCACUUACCGCAGCGCAUGCCUACAUCCUCAUGUUCGUCCAUACUUGCAGAGUUGGACAGAGUGAGAUCAGGGCUAUCUCAGUCAACCAGUGGGGCUCCCAGCUUGGCUUGAAUGUUCUCAACAAGCUCAGUCAGCUCUACUGCUCUCUGGUUUGGGAGAGCACUGUGCUGCUGUCCCUUUGCACACCUAACAGUCUGCCACCAGGAUGUGAGUUUGGCCAGGCUGACAUGCAGAAACUGGUGCCCAAAGAGGAGAAGCCAUCUGGCAGCACUGCAGCAACCACAGCCUCUGGCUCCAGGAGAACUGCAGAGUCUGAGACCGUGUCUGUGGAUUCAUCUGCUGGUGGACUGUUGGAAGGCAUGGGUCUAGAUGGGGACACCUUGGCUCCCAUGGAGACGGACGAACCCACUGCAACAGAUCCCAAGGCCAAGUCCAAACUCACCCCAGCUAUGGCCACCCGCAUCAAACAGAUUAAACCGCUACUUUCUGCAUCAUCUCGACUAGGUAGGGCUCUCGCUGAGCUCUUUGGCUUGCUGGUAAAGCUGUGUGUGGGCUCUCCAGUCCGCCAACGCCGCUCCCACCAUGCCACAAGCACAGGCACUACCCCCACACCUGCUGCGCGGGCCACUGCCUCUGCUCUUACCAAGCUCCUCACCAAGGGUCUGAGUUGGCAGCCCCCACCCUACACACCCACCCCUCGCUUUAGGCUGACUUUCUUCAUCUGCUCAGUGGGCUUCACAUCUCCCAUGCUGUUUGAUGAGAGAAAGUACCCCUACCACCUUAUGCUGCAAAAGUUCUUUUGCUCUGGGGGGCAUGAUGCCUUAUUUGAGACAUUUAACUGGGCCCUGUCGAUGGGUGGGAAGGUUCCUGUUUCUGAGGGUCUUGAGCAUGCUGAUCUACCAGAUGGGACAGGCGAGUUCCUGGAUGCAUGGUUAAUGCUGGUGGAGAAGAUGGUGAACCCAAGCACUGUGCUGGAUUCACCGCACUCCCUACCAGCUAAAAUGCCUGGGGUCACACCCACUAUGCCCCAGUUCAGCGCCCUUAGGUUCCUCAUAGUCACCCAAAAGGCUGCAUUCAACUGCAUCCGCAGUCUGUGGAAUAGGAAGCCACUGAAGGUGUAUGGUGGCAGGAUGGCUGAGUCCAUGCUGGCCAUCCUCUGCCACAUCCUAAGAGGGGAGCCCGUUAUCCAGGAGCGUCUGGCCAAGGAGAGAGAGGGGACUGUGCGCCCGGAUGACGAGGGUGCCUCCACUGGUUCUUUGGGACCCAGCAGUGGCCCUGGAGCAUCUGCGACAGGUGGAGAGGCACCAGCAGCGACUGGAACAACUUCUGGAGCCCCUGCAGGAGGAUCAGCUGAUGAUUCAACCAAUUCCACCCCCCGGCGCGAACCCCAGGUUAACCAGGCCCAACUUACACAGCUUAUCGAUAUGGGUUUCUCAAGAGAGCAUGCCAUGGAGGCCCUAAUGAACACCAGCACCAUGGAACAGGCCACAGAAUACCUACUUACGCACCCUCCUCCACUUCUUGGUGGAGCAGUAAGAGACCUGACCAUGUCUGAAGAAGACCAGAUGAUGAGGGCCAUUGCCAUGUCACUUGGGCAAGAGGUCAGCAUGGAACAACGCUCUGACUCUCCUGAGGAAGCAGCACGUCGGCGUGAGGAGGAGGACAGGAGAGCCAGGGAACGUGCAGAAGAGGAAGAGGCCCGUUUCUUAGAACGCUUCAUGGAGGCUGAGCCUCUGGACCCCCAGGAGCUACACGCCUUCACUGACUCCAUGCUGCCUGGCUGCUUCCAUCUUCUGGAUGAGCUGCCUGACACAGUGUACCGACUCUGCGACCUGCUGAUGACUGCCAUCAAGAGGAGUGGCCCGGAGUACAGAGAUCUCAUCCUCGGCCAGGUUGUCCAACAGGUGUGGGAGGCAGCAGACGUGCUGAUCAAGGCCGCUGAGCCACUGACGACCAGUGACACAAAGACGGUGUCUGAGUGGACCAGACAGAUGGCCACACUGCCCCAGGCCUCCAAGCUGGCAACACGAAUUCUGCUGCUCACUUUGCUCUUUGAGGAACUCAAGCUGUUGGGUGCCAGAGUGGUGGAGAACAGUGGAAUUCUCAAUUUGCUAAUUAAGCUGCUUGAGGUUGUGCAGCCCUGUCUGCAGGCUGCUAAAGAACAGAAAGACAUCCAGACACCGAAAUGGAUCACACCAGUACUGUUGAUCAUUGACUUCUAUGAGAAGAUGGCAGUCUCUUCCAAGCGCAGAGAACAAAUGAACAAGUAUCUGCAGCCCAAUGGGAAUAACUGGCGAUGGUUUGAUGACCGCUCUGGCCGGUGGUGCAGUUACAGUGCAUCCAACAACAGCACCAUUGACUCAGCGUGGAGGGCUGGGGAGAGCAGUGUCCGCUUCACAGCUGGGCGCCGGAGAUACACUGUGCAGUUUAACACCAUGGUGCAGGUAAAUGAGGAGACUGGUAACAGGAGGCCAGUGAUGUUGACUGUCCAGAGAGUGCCUCGCCUGCCCAAGCCUGCCAAGACCGGUAGUAUUACUGACUCAGAGAGAGAUGAGGCAGACAGGAGCAAAGCGGAGGAAACCCAGACUGACCUGGACUCAGGGGUAGCAGUGGAGAUGAGCGCUCCUAAGGAUGACUCCAGCCAGCUGAAGGAAACCACCUCUGGCCCCUCAUCUGCCCUUGAGUCGGAUUACUCUCAGGGCUCUGAUAUUGUUGUACGAGGCCUGACUGAGGACAUGACCACUGUUCUUAUUCGGGCCUGUGUCAGCAUGAUUAGUGUACCUGUGGACCCAGACACCCUCCAUGCGACACUGCGUCUCUGUUUGCGCCUGACACGUAACCAUCACUAUGCUAUGAUGUUUGCUGAGCUGAAGAGCACACGGAUGAUUCUGGGGCUGACGCAGAGCUCCGGUUUCAAUGGUUUCACCCCGCUUGUUACUCUGCUGUUCAGACACAUCAUUGAAGAUCCAGCCACACUGCGGCACACCAUGGAAAAGGUGGUAAGGUCAGCUGUGACCAGCGGAGCAGGCAGUACCACCUCAGGAGUGGUGUCAGGCAGCCUUGGUUCCAGAGAAAUCAAUUAUAUUCUUCGUGUCCUGGGGCCUGCUGCCUGCCGUAACCCUGAAUGCUUCGCUGAAACCGCCAGCAAUUGUGUCCGCAUUGCUCUGCCUGCACCACGUGGAGCUGGCACUGCCUCUGAUGAUGAGUUUGAGAACCUUCGAAUUAAGGGGCCCAAUGCAGUGCAGCUGGUGAAGACCACUCCUCUGAAACUCUCCCCCUUACCUCCUAUCCCUGACACUAUCAAGGAGGUCAUCUAUGACAUGCUCAACGCUUUGGCUGCCUACCAUGCUCCUGAAGAACCCGAGCGUCCAGAAGAACGUGCAGCAGCUGUGCCUGGUGGCCAAGACCUGUGCCAGAUGUUGCAGGAUGUUGGCGAUGACGUUUACCAGCAGUACAGACUCACCCGACAGGGCAGCGACUUUGACUCCCAGUCUGCCUUCCAUAUCAAUACUCAAGUGUUUGCUGCUGAUGGAGCCGUGGCUGAGUCUUCUCAGUCUGGAACACCACAAGGAGAAGCCUCCACACCAGAGGAGAUGCGGGAGGAGAAGAAAGAACAGGAGGGAGAGAAGGGUGCCAGCUCAGAUGAGGGUAAAGCAGCUAAAGUAAAGGCAAGCAAGCCUCUAAUGCCUACCUCCACCAUCCUGAGACUGCUGGCUGAACUGGUGCGCUCCUAUGUGGGAAUUGCCACAUUAAUCGCCUCCUACUGCUACACUGCUGGACAGUCCGAGCUUAUUAAGGAGGACUGCAGCGUUCUAGCCUUUGUGCUCGACCACUUGCUGCCCCACACCCAGAAUUCAGAGGACAAGGACACCCCGGCCUUGGCACGUCUCUUCCUAGCCAGCCUGGCAGCUGCCGGCACAGGCACUGAUGCCCAGGUGGCCUUAGUCAAUGAGGUGAAGGCCGCCCUGAGUCGAGCACUGGCAAUGGCAGAAGGCACUGAAAAACAUGCCAGGCUUCAGGCAGUGAUGUGCAUCAUCAGUACCAUCAUGGAAUCAUGUCCUUCCACAUCUAGCUUCUAUAGUACAGCAGCAGCAAAGACACAACACAAUGGCAUGAACAAUAUCAUAAGGCUCUUCCUCAAGAAAGGACUGGUUAACGACUUGGCCCGUGUGCCUCACAGCUUGGAUUUGUCCAGUCCUAACAUGGCCAACACAGUGAAUGCUGCCCUGAAGCCUCUGGAGACACUGUCCCGCAUUGUUAACCAGCCCAGCAGUCUGUUUGGGGGCAAAGGAGGCUCCAGCAAAAACAAGGCUGAACAUGAUACUGUGGGCACUGCCAGGGAUAGCAACAGUAACACUCAGGACCAAGGAGAGUCUGGUGAGGCAGAGCCAGUGGAGGGCAAUCACAGGGUGCAGGGAACAGACAGCGACCUGAUGGAUGGAGAGACAGAGGGAGACACUGUGGUCAUUGCUGGUCAGCCAGAGGUUCUCAGCACUCAGGCUAUGCAGGUCGAGAACGAGUUGGUGGAUCUGAUUGAUGAGUUGCUGGAGAGAGAUGCUGGCACUGUCAACAGCACAAUUAUAGUCGGACGCAGUGGUGAAGAUGAAUCGCAAGAAGACGUGUUGAUGGAUGAGGCCCCCUCCAACAUUAGCCAGGCAUCUACUCUUCAAGCCAACCGGGAAGACUCCAUGAACAUCUUGGAACCGGAGGAUGAGGAGCACACACAAGAGGAAGAUUCUAGUGGCAGCAAUGAUGAUGAAGACAGCCAGGAUGAAGAGGAGGAGGAGGAAGAAGAGGAGGAGGAGGAUCAGGAUGAUGAAGAAGGAGAUGAGGAUGAUGAUGAUGAAGGCUCAGAGAUGGAGUUGGAUGAGGACUUCCCUGACAUCAAUGCCGCACCGCACAUCCGCUUCGAAAGGUUUGACAGGGAUGAUGACCUCAUCAUAGAGUUUGACAACAUGUUCUCCAACAACGCUGACAUCCCUCCCUCCCCAGGAAACAUCCCCAGCUCCCACCCACUGAUGGUGCGCCAUGCUGACCACGGUUCCCUCACUCUAGGUGUGGCAGGCACCAGCAGCCGCCUAGCACAGGGCAUGGGUCGCAGCCAGCGGACGCUGCGCCAGCUCACUGCCAACAGUGGACACACCAUCCAUGUCCACUACCCUGGCAAUCGCCAGCCCAACCCACCACUCAUCUUGCAAAGAUUGUUGGGCCCCAGUGCUGCAGCCGACAUUUUACAGCUGUCCAGCUCUCUGCCUCUGCAGUCUCGUGGUCGUGCCCGUCUUUUGGUUGGAAAUGAGGAUGUGCACAUCAUCGCUCGUUCGGAUGAUGAGUUGUUGGAUGACUUCUUCCAUGAGCAGAGCAGUACUGGGGGACAAGCAGGCACCCUGUCUAGUAUUCCCACUGCCUUAACUAGAUGGACAGAUGAGUGUAAAGUGCUGGAUGCUGAGAGUAUGCACGACUGUGUUGCAGUGGUGAAGGUGCCUAUCCUGCAGCAUCUGGAGAGUCUGCGAGAUGAGGAACUGGAAGAGCGGAGGGAGAAGAGAAGGAGGCAGCUGGCUGAGGAAGAGGAAUCUAAGCAGAAUGAGAGGAGGGCCUCUGGAACUGAACAGGCCAGGGAACAGAGCCUGCAGGGUUCUGGAUUGGGGACAGUUAAUGGUGCAGAGAACACCGCAGAGGGUGAGCAGGCUCAGGGUGGUACAGUGUCAUGUCUUGAUCCACCCAGGGUCUCAGAAGGCUUCCUCACCGCUCCUCCAUCUGGAGAGGUCACACCCACCACACCUGCUCCUCAUGAACAGGCCCUAGUCUCCCUGGAGACUGCAAUCAGUCAGCAGGUCCACCAGCCAAUUGCUGACCUGCUACUGGCUGAAUCGCAUGCCAGCUCACUGGCUGCUCUGGCAGGGGCAGGCCUUCCACCCUUGUCAGCAGCUGACAGACCAAACAGUGAAGCGGAGGCAUCUCAGAUGGAAAUGUCCCCAGCACCCACAAUCGGUGAGAGAGUCGGAGGAGGAGGAGGAGGAGCGUUGGAUGAAGGCAGGGAAGCUUCCCUAAGUCCAGACCUUGUGGAGACCUCAGAGCCUGCAGCAGUGGGUGUGUCACAACUGGAAGGGUCACCAAUGGAUACCAGCAGCCCUGCCUCUGCCACUCAGGAAGAAGCUGCUCCCAACCCUGCCCAGACCACCCAGCUGUCUCAGGAGCUUUCUGGUAGUGGGGAGAGUGGGCUGACUGACAGGCAGACAGAUGCAGAGACUGGCUCCACUUCUGUGUCAUCCCCUGGUGAAACAAUGCCCAGGAGUGAUAGUGCUGACAGCCAGUCUCAGGCCAUACAGGAAGAGCCCCUCCCAUCCACCAGCAAUGAGGAGGAGGACCCACUUGCAGGUAUCAGUCUGCCAGAGGGUGUGGAUCCCUCUUUCCUGGCAGCUCUUCCUGAGGACAUCCGUCGAGAGGUGCUGCAAAAUCAGCUUGGCAUCAGACCACCUUCCCGUCCUCCUGCUGCCACCAGCCUGCCUUCCUCUACUGCACCUGUACUGGGAGGACCAGGGGUUACCGAGGUCAGCCCCGAGUUCCUGGCGGCCUUGCCACCUGCCAUUCAGGAGGAGGUACUUGCCCAGCAACGGGCAGAGCAGCAGCGCAGGGAGUUAGCCCAGCAGCCUCCACAGGGAGACACCCCUUUGGAUCCAGUCACCUUCAUCCAGACGCUGCCCUCAGAGCUGCGGCGUAGUGUCCUGGAGGACAUGGAGGACAGUGUGUUGGCAGUCAUGCCCCCUGACAUCGCUGCUGAAGCGGCUGCGUUGCGUAGAGAGCAAGAGGCACGGCAGAGGCAGCUGAUGCAUGAGAGGCUGUUUGGUCAUAGCUCAUCUUCGGCCCUAUCAGCCAUCUUACGCUCACCAGCCUUCACCAGUCGGUUAGGGAGCAAUCGUGGCGUCCAGUACACCCGGCUGGCUGUGCAGAGAGGAGGCACAUUUCAGAUGGGGGGAGGAACAAACCACAGACCAUCCAGUUCUAGCGUGGACUCCUUGUUGCGUCUGCGCGGUCGAUUGCUGCUGGACCACGAGGCCUUGUCCUGCCUGCUGGUUUUGCUUUUUGUGGAUGAACCGAAGCUUAACACCAGCCGUCUGCACCGUGUGCUCAGGAACCUCUGCUACCACUCUCAGACACGUGGGUGGGUCAUUCGCAGCCUGUUAUCCAUCCUCCAGCGUAGCAGCGAAAGUGAGGUGUGUGUGGAGACCUCACGCCUAGAAGACUCUCGUGGCAAGAGGAGCACCCAGGGAGGCUGUGGAGGAAAAAGCUCGGCUACCUCCUCCCUCUCUUCUUCAUCCUCCUCUUCUUCCUCAUCUUCAUCAUCCUCCUUAGAGCUACUGAACAGGGUGGAGUCUCGCAGCUCCAGCCAGCUUUCCUGGCUCUCUGUUUCUAUGGACGCUGCCUUGGGCUGCCGGACAAACAUUUUCCAGAUUCAGCGAGCAUCAGGUAGGAAGCACGCUGACCGGCACUCAGCUGGGGGUUCUACAGGAUCUGGGACUCUGGGAGGAGUGUCAGGUGCUGCCGCAGGUGUCACAUGUGCUGGAGGUGGAGGCUCCACUGUCCACAUCCAUCCACAGGCUGCUCCAGUAGUCUGUCGACAUGUGUUGGACACACUUAUCCAGCUAGCUAAGGUGUUCCCCAGCCACUUCACCCAGCAGCGCUGUAAGGACCUGUCAGCAUCGUCUUCUGACCUGGACUCACGUCUCUGUUCAGGCUCCUCUGGGGGAGGGGGUGGAGGUGGGGGCUCCAGGUCUGGGUCACAGUCUCAAAGCAACCCCAGCUCCAAUGCCUCCAACACACAGAACUCCUUGGGCUCGUCUAUCAUUACUCCCCAGUCUCUGGGCAUCUCCACCGAUUUUUGGGACCUGCUGGUCAAGCUGGAUAACAUGAAUGUCAGCCGCAAGGGCAAAGCCUCUAUGAAGACAGUGCCUCUGGGGGGCAGUGCAGAGGCUGAGGGGGCCCAGUUCAGCCUGGAGACCUCCCCACUAGGCCAGUUGAUGAACAUGCUGUCUCACCCAGUAAUCAGACGAAGCUCCUUGCUCACUGAAAAGCUGCUGCGCCUGCUCUCCCUCAUAUCCAUCGCCCUGCCUGACAACAAGGCCACCGAGGUGCCUCCUGGACACCCCACACCACAGGCUGCCAACCCCAAUACGGCAACCAGCUCAGGAGCCACGGCCCCAGUCACAACACAGGGCACAGCAUCAGCAGGCCCUACCCAGCCAACUGUGGCAGGCCCAGGGGCCUCUGUGGGAGCUGCAGCCCAGGGUACAUCCUCAGGGACAAGUCUAGCAGCCUCCCAGACAUCCUCUACAACAAUCUCUAUACCUACGUCCACUGGAACAACCUCUACAGGAAAACAGAGAGGCACUACUACCAGUACAGAGAGUGACAACAAGAUGGCCUCCACUGGGCUCACAGAGAAACAGCUUCAGCUGUCUGUGGAGGUGUUGACAUCUCACUCAUGUUCAGAGGAGGGUCUGGAGGAUGCAGCUAACAUUCUGCUUCAGCUGUCUAGAGGAGACAGUUCCACCAGAGACACUGUACUCAGACUGCUGCUCAGUGGAGCUAGACACCUUGGAUACACUCUGUGCAAACAGAUCGGCACUUUACUGGCCGAACUUAGAGAGUACAACUUGGAGCAGCAGAGACGGGCACAAGCUGAUUCGCAUUCCCCGGAUGCCCCUCCUGAGGAUUCCUCCAUCUCCGCCAGACUCAAGGGCAAGAUGACCAGCAGGUUGGGGCACAGGUUUGACGGGUCGGAGAGUGUGGUGAUAGUGGCUGCACAGAAGCGCACCCUCGGGGGACGUGAGCUACAGCUUCCGUGUAUGAGCUCACUAACCUCCAAGACGUCGACACAGAAGUUUUUCUUGCGAGUGCUGCAGGUCAUUAUCCAGCUCCGUGAGGACACACGGCGCGCCAACAAAAAAGCCAAACAGACAGGACGAUUAGGCUCCACCAGUUUGGGUUCAGCCAGCAGCAUCCAGGCUGCGGUGCGUCAGCUAGAGGCUGAAGCUGACGCCAUCAUCCAGAUGGUGAGAGAGGGUCAGAGGGCACGCCGGCUCCAACAGGCCCCCCCACCCACCGCCUCCUCUGCCUCUGCCGCCGCCGUCGCCGCCGCUGCCGGAUCCUCAGUGGCGGCCUCCCAUGCUCCCGCUGGUGCUGCUCCCCCUGCUGGCACGGCUGCUGCUGCCACGUCUGAAGUGCAGUCAAUGUCAGAAGCCCAGGCAGCCCAGAGAGAUGAUUCACCAAUGGAUGUGGACCAGCCAUCUCCUCUAGAGCAGGACCCUGCACCUCUGGAUGAAGAAGGAAACGGCCAGUCAGAGAGUGAGGAGAGACUUCCAGACCUCCCUCUGCUCAGUGAGCAGCUGUUGUUGGAUGAACUAUGGGACAUGCUUGGGGAGUGCCUGAAAGAGCUGGAGGAGUCACAUGACCAGCACGCUGUACUGGUUCUCCAGCCUGCUGUGGAGGCCUUCUUCCUAGUCCAUGCCACGGAGCGAGAGAGUAAACCUCCUGUGAGAGACACCCGGGAGAGCCAGCUCUCUCACAUCAAAGAUGAGCCUCCACCAUUGUCCCCAGCACCCCUUACACCUGCCACGCCUUCGUCCCUAGACCCGUUCUUUUCCAGGGAACCAUCCUCCAUGCACAUCUCUUCAAACCUGCCACCGGACACCCAGAAGUUCCUCCGUUUUGCCGAAACUCACCGCACAGUGCUUAACCAGAUCCUUCGCCAGUCCACCACUCACUUGGCUGAUGGGCCUUUUGCAGUACUGGUUGACUACAUACGUAUCCUGGACUUUGACGUUAAGAGGAAAUACUUCCGCCAGGAGUUAGAGCGACUGGAUGAAGGCCUGAGGAAGGAGGACAUGGCUGUGCACGUGAGGAGAGAUCACGUGUUUGAGGACUCCUACAGGGAGCUGCAUCGCAAGAGCCCAGAGGACAUGAAAAAUAGGCUGUACAUUGUGUUUGAAGGGGAGGAGGGCCAGGAUGCUGGCGGCCUGCUGAGGGAAUGGUACAUGAUUAUCUCCCGGGAGAUGUUCAACCCCAUGUACGCCCUGUUCCGCACUUCACCAGGCGACCGUGUCACCUAUACCAUCAACCCCUCAUCUCACUGCAACCCCAACCACCUCAGCUACUUCAAGUUUGUGGGCCGCGUGGUGGCCAAGGCGGUCUAUGAUAACCGGUUAUUGGAGUGCUACUUCACCCGCAGCUUCUAUAAGCACAUCCUGGGCAAAAGCGUCAGGUACACAGACAUGGAGAGCGAGGACUACCCAUUCUUCCAGGGCUUGGUUUACCUGUUGGAGAAUGAUGUGUCCACACUGGGCUAUGAGCUGACAUUCAGCACAGAGGUCCAGGAGUUUGGAGUGUGUGAAGUGAGAGACCUCAAGCCAAAUGGAGCUAAUAUCCUGGUCACAGAGGAAAACAAAAAAGAAUAUGUGCACCUGGUUUGCCAGAUGAAGAUGACAGGUGCAAUCCGUAAGCAGCUGGCAGCCUUCCUUGAGGGCUUCUAUGAGAUCAUCCCCAAGAGGCUGAUCUCCAUCUUCACUGAGCAGGAGCUGGAGCUGCUCAUCUCUGGCCUGCCCACUAUUGACAUCGAUGACCUGAAGGCCAACACUGAAUAUCACAAGUACCAGUCCAGCUCCAUCCAGAUUCAGUGGUUCUGGAGGGCAUUGCGGUCGUUUGACCAGGCAGACCGAGCCAAGUUCCUACAGUUUGUCACCGGCACGUCUAAGGUUCCCCUCCAGGGUUUUGCUGCACUGGAGGGCAUGAAUGGCAUCCAGAAGUUCCAGAUCCACCGUGACGAUCGCUCCACUGACCGCCUGCCAUCCGCUCAUACCUGCUUUAACCAGCUGGACCUCCCAGCCUAUGAGAGCUAUGAGAAGCUGAGACAUAUGCUGCUGUUGGCCAUUCAGGAAUGCUCAGAGGGAUUCGGACUGGCGUAAACCAUGAGACUCUUAACAAACUCAGACAUGCAUACAAACAGUUGAUUUAGAUUUGCCUACUCCUGACACAUUCACACUGAUAACCUUUGAACACACGCACACACGCACACACUUAUCAUAGACAUUACUGGAUUACUUGUUGAAUGGCCUAGACUUACUGGUUUCUAUUCCAUAUAAAACAGAUAAAACCAGUGAGUGAAAUGGGCCGAUUGACAUGGCAUACAACACAGAGAGCCUCAUGUUGACACAAUCGUGUCUCCCUUCCCAAUUUAAUGGCAAAUGCAAGAGUGGAUUCAGAGGAUAAAACAUGGACUAAUAUAAGAGACGUUUUCUUCAUUUAGUUUGAUUUCUCUGUACAAAAGGUUUGGGAGUUUAUUAUGUUUAAUCUUUUUUGUUCUCUGGCUGUGUAAAAAGAAAAAAGAGAAUGUUGUUUGAACAGGAUGGUUAUAAAACCUUUGGGGAAAAAAAUGUUGGUGGUUUCUUGUUGCAAAUUUGUGACCUCACAAGCCUUGACGACGGGGAACAUUUUUAUGGGGGGUAUAUGGACAACUUGAGAAGUUUUGGAGAUAUUCACAAAAAUGCACUUUUCAAAGUUUUGUGGCAUUUUUAAGGAAGGAUGGUACAAAAAAAUGAAGAGAAAACCUGAAGGAGAUAAAAAAAAAACAUUAACCAUAAAUUCUAGAGUAUUUUUGGCUAUUAAAUCGCUGACCCAGCCUUGAGCCUUUGAAUCAGAGUGGAAUAACUACAUGAAUAAAUGCAUAAAAUUGCGUCCAUUGUCUCUUUUAACAGUGUUUUACCAUUACCUGCAGUGAACUUACUUCAUCAAAAUCAAAUGUGUCAAUUCUUUGUGGACUCACACCUAAAUAUUAGUUGAUUACUGGACAUUGCUCAAAAAAAAAAAAAAAAAAAAAAAAAAUCUAUUUGGUAGUACAAUAAUCAGUUUAUCAACCGAGUCCCCAGUGAUUCUGUGACAAGUGAAAUCUAUCCCACGGUUUACACUCGUACUGAUCCAAGCGGUGAAUCGGACAAACUCUCCCUCAUGACAAAAUCAUUUAUACACAGUAACAUCAUGUGUAAUGACUUACACCAUCCUAGAGCACAUUUCUCAUGCACUGCCUGAAGUCGAUGGGUUAGAAUAAUCAGCUGGCAGCGUAAUGGGAGCUAGCUGCAGCAGCAACAUCAUUUCACAUGUUGACACUGACCCAGUAAGCCCUCUGGUCUCAAGCAAUUGUCUGCACCCUUGAUUAUGUCACACAGCCCACAGUGUCCCUUCUUUGCUUCUUUUUCAGUACUGAUGAACUGAAGAUGACAGAGCGCUGACGUGGAUUUCUUGUCAUGGUACAGGCCACGGGGUGUAUUUUGACUGGGUGGUUUUUGUCACGGGUAUCUGAUCACGUUUGUGCAACGCGUCACAGAUGAAAAUAGACCAUCACAGCAGACAGCUUGAUGUGUCAUUGAAGGAAAAGCACAGGUUCAACUGAUAGCAUUAAAAACAACUGCGUUCCACAUAGGUGACCUUGGUAUUGGACACGGUUUACUGGGACACUUGCUGCAUCUGAGCCAUCAUCAGCAAAUUGUGUUUUGCCCCUGCUUUUCCUUCUAUGACAAGCCGCAAUGUCUUAAUCUGUUGCCUUGGAUUUGACCGGAUGAAGAUUGAAAAUGAAGGUGUGAUCUGCCUCUGGACCAAGAGAGGUUGGGUUGCAGUAGCUUUUCCUUUUAUGUCCUUACUGAAAAUUAUGAUAAUGAUUUACCAAACUGGGUUGCACCAUUAAAAAUAUCUUAGUAAAAAAAAAAAAAAAAAAAAAAAAACAACAACAAACAAGGAAAGGAAAAGAAAUGACUAAA